GGUUUCCUCGCGUCUCUCUCGCAGUUCGAUGGAAUGAUCAAGAGACCGUAGCCGAGUCAAGACUCGAACCCUUCCUUGAACCUUCUCUCCUCCGCGUCGUAAAAGAAAAACCCUCAGACGACUCUUCUAGAAGUCAGACGGCCCAAAAAUCCUCAUUUUUUUUUUCUCCGCAUAAUAAAAAAGAAAGAAAGAAAGAAAAAAGAGGAACGAGAUGGCGUCUGAGAUCGAGAUCGUUGAAGAUGGAGGAGCAGAAGCAAGGCGAGGUCGGGAGGCGACUGCGAACGGAGGGAUUGGAGGAGGAGGAGUUCCGGAGUCGCAGGGCGGCGAGAUCCUUCGGGAUGAUGUGUAUACGGCCGCGGCGUACGGGGAUUUAGAGAAGCUGCAGAGAUUGGUUGAGAGCGAGGGAUGCUCCGUAUCGGAACCCGACGGCCUCGGAUACUCCGCGUUGCAGUGGGCUGCGUUGAAUAAUCGGACGGCAGCCGUGCAGUAUAUAAUCCAGCAUGGGGGAGAUGUAAAUGCGGCUGACCUUACAGGUCAGACAGCACUGCAUUGGAGUGCUGUGCGUGGUGCAGUUCAGGUUGUGGAGCUUUUACUUCAGGAGGGUGCUAGGGUGAAUGCUGCUGAUUCAUACGGAUAUCAGAUGACUCAUGUUGCAGCACAGUAUGGUCAGACAGCUUUUCUCUAUCAUGUUGUUACAAAGUGGAAUGCUGAUCCAGAUUUGCCUGAUAAUGAUGGAAGAAGCCCUCUUCAUUGGGCUGCAUACAAAGGUUUUGCUGAUUGUAUACGUCUUUUAUUAUUUCUUGAUGCUUAUAGGGGGCGGCAAGAUAAAGAAGGUUGUACUCCUCUCCAUUGGGCUGCUAUCAGGGGGAACCUGGAGGCAUGUACAGUGCUAGUUCAGGCAGGAAAGAAAGAAGACUUGACAGUAACAGACAGCACAGGCUUUACUCCGGCACAACUAGCUUCUGAUAAGAAUCAUCGGCAAGUUGCUUUUUUCCUCGGAAAUGCUAGAAGGUUAUUAGAUAAACGCUGCGACGGGAACAGUCGGCUUGGAAAAAUUACUAAAUUAGGGCUUGCACCUAUACUUUGGUGUAUGAUUAUAGUUCUACUCGCUAUCUACGUUCAUUCAGUCAUCACAGCAUCAUAUCUGUCGAAGUUGACUGCUGCAUUUGGACUUUUUGCAUGGUCGGGUGUUUUCCUUGCAUCUGCUGGACUAGUAAUGUUUUAUAGGUGUAGCAGGAAGGAUCCUGGUUACAUCAAAAUGAAUUUGCAUGAUUCCCAAAAUCUGAAAGAUGACGAGCCCUUAUUGAAGACAGAGUUGAAUAAUCCAGCCUUAUUGGCUGGGAAUUGGUCUCAGCUCUGUGCAACGUGCAAGAUCGUCAGGCCUCUUCGCGCAAAGCACUGUUCCACUUGUGAUCGUUGCGUUGAGCAGUUUGAUCAUCACUGUCCUUGGGUGUCGAAUUGUAUUGGCAAGAGAAACAAGUGGGAUUUCUUUAUGUUUCUUAUUCUCGAAGUGUCUGCAAUGCUGGUUACCGGAGCCAUAGCUUCCAUACGAAUCUUUACAGAUCCAAUUGCACCAACCUCUUUUGGAGCAUGGGCGAACCAUGCUAGCACUCAUCAUACUGGGGCUAUGUCAUUUCUGAUUGUGGAUUUUCUUCUUUUCUUUGGUGUUGCUGUCUUAACUAUUGUACAAGCUUCACAGAUUUCCCGCAACAUUACCACAAAUGAAAUGGCAAAUGUUAUGCGCUAUAGCUAUCUCAGAGGACCAGGUGGUGGUUUCAGAAAUCCAUAUGAUCAUGGCAUUCGAAAGAACUGCUCUGAUUUCUUGAUUCGUGGCUAUAGUGAAGAUGUUGAACUACCGAUUACUGCUGAGGGAAUUGGCAUGGUUCAGAUGACCAGUAACACAAACUUGCAAAAUGGCGAGAGCCACUCUCAUCAUACCAACAGUAAUGGCCACAUUUAUGUUGAUGUGGAUUCUAGAAACAUGGGACCUCAUGGACAUGUACAUUCCUCCCAAUGCAGCCAUAACCAUGAUAAGAAAGACAGGGUCCCUUUGGGCUUGGGUCUUGGGCUUGGACGGAACAAUGUUCAUCAGCAUAGCACCUGUUCUGUUGUGGCCUCGUGAUUUGUCAUCAUAUGGUAAGAGGCGAUACUGUAUCUUUGUAGCUGUAACUGCUUCAAAAGCUUAACAUGAGCUCCCUUAGUUCCAUUCGAUGCAGUUUGGUGCAGUUAGUGAUCUUUCUGCAUUUUCCGU